UGCUUUCUGCUAUGCGCAGCAAUCAGCGUCACGUCUCAUGUCCAAAUUCCAAACCUCAAAACCUUAAAACCGUGCUCCGAAACGAUACCGGUACGAGUUAUGAGCUUUUGGUUUAAUUUCGUAAAAAACGCAUUUCUCGGAAUGUUACGAUUAUUUUGGUUUAGCAAACGCAAGAUAUCCAACUCUUUAAGCAUAUAUAUUAAAACGAGUACAGGCAAUACUCUUGCCGUCGAAUUAGAUCCAAAAUGGGAUAUUAAAAAUUUAAAGGAGAUUGUCGCUCCUCGGAUGGGAAUAGCACCGGAGGAUAUUAAAAUUAUAUUUGCAGGUAAAGAGCUGCACAAUUCGACCAUAAUAGAGGAGUGUGAUUUAGGACAACAGAGCACGUUGCACGCGGUAAGGACGCCUCCGCAUAAAAUGCUAAAUAAAAGGAAGGAUACCACGAGUCCUAUAGAGGAAUCUAUGUCGGAAUCUAUGUCCAUUUCGAACGACAGUGGUAGCAAGCCUAUGAACGAGACGCUUAUGGACUUAUCCCUGGAUCUGGAUGAGUCGGAUCGACAAACGUUAUCCUUGGAAGUGCAGCAGGAAAAUCGAGCACACUUUUAUGUAUACUGUUCGGCCCCGUGUAAAGAUGUGACGGCAGGUAAAUUAAGGGUCAAAUGCGCAAGAUGCGGUAGUGGUGCUGUAACGGUCGAUAGAGAUCCUCAAUGUUGGCCAGACGUUUUGGAACCGAGAAGAAUAACCGUACAUUGCGAGAGCGCGUAUUGUCCCGUUACUUCAAGUGUGUUUAGCGACGAGACAGAUAAUCAAGUCUCUUACGCACAUUUUUAUUUCAAAUGCGCCAAACAUCCCAGUUUAGGAGAGAAUGACGAAGCUGUACCCCUUUAUCUCGUUAAACCAAACUUGAGGAAUAUUCCUUGUCUGGCUUGCACAGAUGUCAGAGAAACUGUGCUGGUAUUUCCAUGUGAAGCUGGUCAUGUGACUUGUCUUGAUUGCUUUCGCGAAUAUUGCACAGUUCGUUUGCACGAACGACAAUUUGAAUUUGAUACUGCUGAGGGAUAUUAUACAUUGCCUUGCCCUGCUGGAUGCUCCAAUUCUUUCAUCCGUGAAGUUCACCAUUUCCAUUUUCUUAGCGCGGAACAGUACGAGAGAUAUCAGAGAUUCAGUACGGAGGAACAUGUUUUACGUGCUGGUGGUCUUUUGUGUCCAAGACCAAACUGUGGAAUGGGUAUUAUACCACCCUCCGUGGAAGAUGGCGGCGACGCAGAAUGCCGAAAAAUUCAGUGUAUCGGUGGAUGUGGCUAUGUUUUUUGCAGAAUUUGUUUACAAGGAUAUCACGUAGGAGAAUGUGAAUCGCAAACUUUGGAAACAUCUACGAAUGUGUUUUCUUCUCGAAAUUAUUCCGUAGACCCCGUAAAAGCUAACGAGGCUAAAUGGGAGGAAGCUAGCAGAAAAACGAUACAGAUAUCUACAAAACCUUGUCCUAAAUGCAGAACUCCUACCGAGCGAGACGGAGGUUGCAUGCACAUGGUGUGCGUGAGAGCGGGAUGUGGCUAUCAUUGGUGCUGGCUAUGUCAAACGGAAUGGGCCAGAGAAUGCAUGGGUAAUCAUUGGUUUGGAUAACAUGUGGAAGAAAAUCACAUAUCAAUUCGAUUUUGACAUGUAUGAUACGUUGUAACAUGUAUAUACAUAUGAGCAUUAUAUUGAGAAGAAUUUUGUCAUUAUAACGUUGUCAUUGCAGUAAA